UCUUUAUUUACUAGUUAACACGUGAUCUACUUUUUAGUGUUUCAAUACAUGGUUGAACCGUGAACUAGUGACCAUACUGAUUAGCGAUCGGUUGGAUUUUUAAAACAAGGGCAAAUAUAAUAGUAGAACAAAACAAACCAUGCAUCACUCUAUAGCUGCCGAUCAUCCUACCUAGUAUGUGUAUAUAAACUAACCCUAUUAUUUUCCCUCUUGCAUUCCAUAACAUAAAAAAACAAGAAAAUAAAAAGAGAAAAAGAAUGGAAAAUGUGACUCCAUUGUUCUUUAGGAACCCAAAAAGAAGCUCAAGGCAAUCAAGUAAAUAUCUUGGAGUAAGAAGAAGGCCAUGGGGAAGAUAUGCAGCAGAGAUUCGAAAUCCGUAUUCUAAAGAAAGACAUUGGCUCGGCACUUUUGACACGCCCGAAGAAGCUGCCAUUGCAUAUGACUUGUCUUCCAUUUCUUUUAGUGGCAUUCAAGCAGCUCGUACUAAUUUUUACUACCCUUUCAUGGCUUUAACAUCUCCUCCUCCUCAAGCAUUGCCUCCGCCGCCUCCGCCUCCGCCGCCAUCUCCGGAAGUGGAAGAGUGUGAACAAGUUAGCAUGGAUGAUGAUGAUUCUGUGGUUAUUGCUACUAUCUUGCGAAGCUUCUGCUCAUUGUGAUUUCUUAUAGCCUUAAACUAUGUGAUUCCUUAUAGCUUUAAACUAUUUACACGGAAAUAAAUGUUACAUAGAAUGACAAUGUUAGACAAGCUUGUCGAAU